AAUGCAUCUAGUCAGCGCAUUAUUUAAAUACUUCAAUCCCCAGUUUGCUUUCCACCAUCUUAUUCUCCUCUAUCAACAUAUCCAUCAAUGCAUAUCCUCGAUUUCCCGCUGGAACUAUUAUUGCAUAUCACCGACUCUCUUGAGAGAGAAAAGGAUGUCCUCGUAUUCGCCUCACUGAACCGACAACUAUACGAUUUGCUCAUCGACUAUCUCUAUCGCCGAAACGCAACGUCUUCCGGCGCUUCGGCGUUAUUUUGGGCAGCACAACAUGGGCAGCAAGGAACUGCCCAACGAGCUCUGGAUAACGGCGCGUCGCUGUCGAUGACUACCAAGAACAGGGUAACACCGCUGCUCUUGGCUUCCAAGGUCGGGCAGCGGCAGAUGGUGGAAUAUCUUUUAAACCUGGACGGAGUCGACGUGAACGCUGCAGAUAAAUUCGGCCAGUCGUCUCUUACCUGGGCUGCAAAGAACGGGUAUGCUGAGAUCGCGAAGCUCCUGCUGACACGCCCGGAGAUCCAACUGGACAUGCCCGACCGGGCCCGAUUACACCCGGGUAACAGCGCCGGCUAUACGCCGCUGUGCUAUGCGGCCAAGAAUGGACAUGCGGAUGUUUUGCAGGUUUUGCUGGAGACGGGUCGGGUGGAUGUCCACUACCGAGAUAGGAAGAGCUGCUUUCCACUGUUUCACGCAGCGGCCAACGGACACGAUGAGGUAGUCGAACGUCUCUUGAAGGUUCCGGGGAUGAAAUUCAAUAUGGACUGUGGUAGCUGUACGCCGUUGAUGAAGGCAGCAGAAGGGGGGCAUGAAAUAGUAGUACAACUGCUGUUGGCAAUGGAUGGGAUCGACAUCGAUGCAUAUGACAGUCAGACGGAGACAGCUCUUGCCUAUGCAGCAGUGGGGGGGGCAUGAAGGAGUUAUCAGAAUCCUACUCGACAAAGGAUGUAGCCCCUAUCUUAACGGCUGUGGCCUUUUCUCUCCACGCUCAACGGUUAUGAAAACGGGCAAUGAGAACAUCAUUCAAAUGCUUAUGGAGGCAGAACAGCGUCCACCAAGGCCUCCCAGGUUUACCUGGCAGACCCGCGAGCAAUGGCGCAAGUUUGGGCUUCGGAAUCGAUCCGGUCUGCAUUGCUGAACACUGGCAUUCCUAUCACAAAUAUAUGAAUUUUAACAUGGCCGCAGCGCUGGAUCUCGGUCGAGUUUCUCCAUAGAUGCCUUUCCAAUAUUAUAUACUUCCUCCAACUGCUU